CAUUCAUGUAAACGAAAGUGAAAAGUUAUUGAUAUUUUGCAAUAAUUAUUUCAUAAACUCGUUCUAGUUGCAUAUAUUGUAUUAGAUUUGUUAUUUUCAUAGGAGUGUACAGUUUUUUAAUCUGCAAUUUAUGACUAAAAUAUAAAGUAAGAUAGUCGCAAUCAACAAAGGAAUUUAGUCCUUUAUAUCUAUUUUUGUGUUUAUUUCUAGGAAUCUAAAAUGGAUUGCGUGACUACAUUAAAACUUUUAGUAAUUGGAGAAAGUGGUGUUGGUAAAUCUAGUAUGAUCUUAGCAUUCACAACAGGGGACUACAAUGCCUCAUUUCCGGCUACAAUAGGAGUGGAUUACAAGUGUAAAGUGAUGGAUGUAAAUGGACUUAAAGUGAAACUUGGCAUCUGGGAUACAGCGGGACAAGAGAGAUAUAGGACAUUGACUAACAGUUUUUACAGAGAAGCUCAUGGUGCUAUUUUGGUGUAUGAUGUAUCGGAUCCCAAGACGCUGGGUAAACUUACCGAGUGGGUCGAAGAGUUACAAGUAUACUCCACUAAGAAAAACAUUGUCUGUCUUGUGGUUGGAAAUAAAAUUGAUAAGCCUCGCGCAGUUCCGCGGGAGGCGGGCCAGGCCUUCGCCAUGAAACACAGAAUGCUGUUCAUAGAAAGCAGCGCUAAAACUCAGGAAGGCAUAAACUUGGCUUUCGAAGAGCUCGUGCAAAAGAUAAUCGAAACCCCAGGUCUUUGGGAGUCAAAAGGAUCGUCGUCAAAUAUUCGCGUAUCUAACGAAGAUGGCAGACAGCAAGAAGAAAGUUCGUGUUACGAUUACACUUGUACAAUAUAGUUACAAACUGUUUAUUUUUUAAAUAUUGGCUGUAUAUUUAAGAGUUUUUUCAAUAAUGAAAUACCUGUACACAUUUUUAUUGAUUCUCAAUUAUUACAUUACAUUAUUUUAUAUUCACGAAAACAGUUUUUAUCCAUACAAAGAUGAAUGUAUGAUGAAAGGCGGAUUUUAUAUUUUAGAGCGGGCGCGUUCCUUUGACUAAAAUAUCGCAUAAUUGUACGGUUGUUUUGCAAUUCAACCGUUUAGUUGCACAAUUAAAAAUCGAGUAGAGUACCUCCAUAUAAGCUCAUAAGAAUCAAAGCGAGUAAACAGUUGUGCGAUGGUUUAGUCCAAGUUGCGCGCGCUGUACUGUUGACCACCUCACUACCCAUUUGUGAUGAGACACACAAUAUUCACUGGUUUUAAUGAAGAUGUAAAAUAACUAAAAGGCCGUAGAUAUAUUCAGAGUUAUAAAUUUCUGAGGAUUCAGAUAAGUGACAGAAGAACUGUUGAUAGUUUUUUAUAUUUUUUUUUAUCAAAAUCUUUAUAUAUACGUAUACUUCUGUAUGGAAAAAUGUUUUUGGUACAAGUUUCGACAAUGUAACCCACAUAUUAAAACAAUUAUUAAAUAAAAUAUUUCAUGCAAAUAAAAGUAUAAAAUGUCUAUUCAUUCUCUUUCUAUUAGAUAGAUUGAAUUUUUUUAAUAUUUUUUUAAAAAUGGUAUUUUUUUAUUACUCAAACCAAAAUUACAUUAAUAAAAUGCCUUUAUGUCUUAGUACACAGGUUAAAUACAUAGGAAGUAAAUUAGUACUUUAACCGAUCACACGACAAACCAUGUUUUUAAAAUCAAUAAAUAUAUAAUUUUUAUAAAUUAGAUAAAAGAUUUAAAUUAGAAAUGUUACUAUUUAUUAAGUUUAUAUUCACGUAUCAAUCGUAUAUUUACAUAUAAUAUAUUUUAUUCUAUUCUUGCAUGAAGAAAUUAUUAACGAAAUAUUUAAGAGCGGGCUUGACUUCGACUAAACAAUCGCACAACUGUUGUGCGAUUGUCGAUUGUUUCGCAGCGUCCACUGCUUAGAUAUACAACUAAAAUCGAGUAGUGCACCUCCCAAGGGCGGAUCCAGGGGGAGGUCACGGGGGUCAUGAUCCAAAAUCUAGACAAAAUAUAUUUACAUAUUUUGUCAAGCUCUUGACUUGACCACGACUAUGUGACCACCCCCCCUGGAGCCAAAGCUGGAUCCGCCCUUGGCACCACCAUAUAAGUUCAUAGGAAUCAAAGCAAGACUAAACAAUUAUGCGAUAGUUCAGUUUCAGAGAAACUCAGAAAAUUCAGUCUUAAUGCAUUUUAUAGUUUGUUUUAUAUUAAAUCUAAAUUCGAUGUUUAAAAUAGCUUUCUUCAUUUUAUCGUACGACAUAUCAUAGCUGAAAUUGUAAAGUAGCCAGUUAAGUUAAUAAUGUACAUUAUAGCAGGAAUUUUGUUUAAAUAAUUUACUUAUGAAGACUAAACUUGGAGUAAAGACCAAAAUAUGGUUAACCUUUAAUGCAUGAUGUGUAACUUCAAAAGCGCUUUAUUAACUUAACAGUAGUUAUGACGUUAUGUUUAACUGCUAGUUAAGCGUUGCCGGUUAACUUUAUCUAGUUGAUUAGCUUGCUAUCAAAUUAUUGGUACAGUAGGAAAAUAUUAAUAAUUCAUUCGUAUUAAUAUGUUGAUAAAAUUAAAUAAAUAAAAUUCCUAUUUUUUUCAGAUGCCUUGAUUUGUACUAAUGUCUAUAC